GUAUAAAUUAGAAAGAAAACUUGGAAAGGGUGGAUUUGGUCAAGUAUAUGUUGGUCGACAUCUUUCUGGUGGAAAUUUGAAUGAGAGAACUGGACCACCAUACGUUAAACUUUUGUUCCCAGGUUGCGUUAAAAUUUGAGCAUAGAAGUAGUAAAGGAUGUAAUUAUGGACAACCAUACGAGUGGCAAGUGUACAAAAUUCUUGGUGGUAGUCAUGGUGUGCCUCAAGUACAUUACAAGGGCAGACAUCGAUUAUUUGGGACAGCUUCUGUGGAAUUACUGCAUUUUAGAUGAAGGGCAUAUAAUCAAGAAUGCUAAGUCCAAAGUUACACUUGCUGUAAAGCAGUUAAAAGCCCAACACCACUUGAUAUUGAGUGGGACUCCAAUACAGAAUAACAUCAUGGACUUGUGGUCCCUUUUUGAUUUUCUAAUGCCUGGAUUUCUUGGAACAGAGAGACAGGUAAAGUCUUAUUUUCCUUUCCUCAUACUAAUUAUUACUUCUGCUCUACUGAUUUGGGACGAAAAGAAUUUGAAGAGGCUUAAAAGCAGUGGAAAGUUAAAGAAAGUUCUUUGGAGACUAGGAAUUUUGGUGGGUUACUUUUUCAAGCUCAUGCCAAUGCUAUCAGAAAUGUUAUGAUGCCAGAAAUCAACUUUUUAGCUCACAGCUCAUAUCCUUUGAGCUUUUUUUUUCUAGCAUGCCUAUGCUAAUACUUCUCAAAGUAAUAAUUAGUGGAUAUGAUUUGCUGUAUAGAAGUUAUUACUUUUGAUUUCUAAUACUAAAAAAUUAUAUAUUAUAUUUGAUACUUUAUUU